AUGGCCCUCACGUUUCUGCUCCUGCUGGCAUGUAUGACGCAGGGCGCACUGGGGAUUCACGUAACGCAGUCCUAUGUAGUACUGCCCAUCGCAGCCACAAGCAUUCAGGACGCCCACAAACGAGGUAUGAUGAAGAUCCUUUUUUUAAGCAGCACAAGUAAUUGUCACCGUGGUCACCGGCACCAAAAUCGAGUGAAAAACAAAAAGGAGACAGGUCCGGAAGAACAGGACGCGCCAACCUUUGAUGAAUAUUUUAACAAACGGGCAGAGGAAGACUACACUAAGUUAGAAGCAGAGAAGCUUAAAAUUAUGAGGGAGAAUGCCACCACUUAUAGGGACGAAAUUAGGAAGGUACUUGAACGCAGUUACAAAAGCGAAUACGAGAAAUUGCUGAUGGAGGAGAAGGAAGACGAGGAGGUGAGCGGGCAGGUCCACGAAAAUCUCAAGAUAACGUUCCUUAUGAAGGAGAAUAUAAACAACUUUCUGUUCACUCGGUACAGCUAUAUGAUAAACCGGCUGAAGGAGCAGUCCGCUAUUUUGAGGAGCCUGCGGGGGGUGGCCACGGGUGGCACCACAGAGGGGGACUCCAAAGUGGGGAAUAUCACGGAGGAGAGGAACGUCGACGGGAACACCACCGAGUGGAAUAUCUCCGAGGGGAAGACCUCCGAAAGGAAUACCACCGAGUGGAAUAUCAUCCAGGGGAACACCUCCCAGGGGAAUACCUCGGAGGAGAGUGCCCCCCUCGAAUCGGUGCAGUUCUUCAGGCCGCAGACCGGCUUCGCCCGAGGGAGCUGUGCCGAGGCGAGGAAUUGCUCCACCUUUAGUGACCAUAUCUUUGCCAACGCCAAGUUGCUGUUGGGCACGAAAAAGGACGCACCAGUUGGGUCAUCCUACGCAUUAGAGGAGGAGGAGAAGAGCCAGAAGAAGCCAAUAAAUGAAGAGAACAACCCCAUGUCGGGGAGCCUAACGGAGGAAGACCAAAGCGAACAGAAGCUAUUCUCAAGAAGCAACGUAUCCGCUAUAGACCUCUUCAAACACAACGUUAACGCGUUCCUCUCAUAUAAGAAGGAAAACAUAAUAAAAAACAACCUACAUGAAGAUCUCCUCUACGGGAGAGUGAAGGUCCACUGGUUCCCCAAAUUCAUGAAAAGGAUCAUUCCGAAACUGUCCGAUUACAUCAAAGUUAGUGACGUCAUAGUGGAGGUUAGGAAUGGAAUCAUCCCAUUCGUUUUCGACGACUUGUACGCACUGGACAUGUUUAACUUUAGGACAAACAAGCCUAGGAUAAUUGUCUACACAAAUUGUGAUCGCUCUUCCAUUAAAGGGAAUGAAGAAUGGGGGAGCUACUACAGGAGGAAGCUCUUCUGGUACGACAAACACUUCAAUAGGAAAGUGGAAAAUAAGGAGGGCAUGCAGAAUCAGCUAAAAAAAAGUGCAGUCAUAUUUGUGGAUGCGAAAAAUGGGAGGAAAGAAAUCAUCGUUUUGAAGAAAUUAAUUAACAGAUUAUGUCACCACCUGAUUGAGCGGAAAAAAAAAAGAGGUCUCCAUAACUACAGAGUGAAGUGCAUUUUUAUCGGGUUACCCAACGUUGGAAAAUCGGCUCUUAUUAAUCGUCUGCUCGAGGUGAAAAAGACCAAAUCGUAUGACUCCCCAGGUCUCACCACCAACAUACAGAUGUAUUCGUGCAAAAAAUACGAACUCAUUGACACGCCUGGAAUUAUAGCCCCCAAUUUGUAUACACUCAGGGAGAGAGUGCUCACCAGCAAGAAUGCCAUCCUGGAUAGAAUUUAUAAUCGCCAUCCUAGUGACGACACCCCUGGGGAGGCUAACGUCGCUCACAUUCGAAACUAUAACACUUAUAUGCACGUGGAAAACAACAUUUACCUGCUUGCUCUGUGCAAUCACAUAACUCCCAAAAUGUACGACAUAUACAACGUCGCGGAGACACUGUUACAAAACAUCCACCGUGCUUAUCUUUACGACAAUGAUUAUGUUGACAUGGCUAGAAUUUUGAAGCGCUAUCAAAUUAGUUUCACCGACUGCAUUGACUUUGAGGGGAAAUUCUCUGCGUACCACUUCAUUCAGCGCCUGGCGCGGGAUCGCUUCCACAACGAUUUGAACCAGGCCUCCAUGCGCCUCGUCACGGAUUUUCGCAAAUGUUACCUAGGCCGCAUGACGCUGAGCUACCCUCUCUACUUCAACCGGCGUGCCAUUCGCCUCCGCGUGGCCGAGCGAUACACACGCCAGCCCGGCGAUCGCUACGUGGGCUGGUGA